AUGGAGGUGGGACAGGCAAAGGCGCUGUCCGCCCGCCGAGGCCCCGCGAUCCCAAGGUCUGGCCCCCGCUCGUCCCUGGCCCUCAAGACCAUGGUGGUGAUGGUGGUGGCGGCGCUCAUCAUUCUGCCCCUUCCCCACCGCUUCUACUACUGCAAACACUGUGGUGGCCUCAAGUCGGAGUCUACAUACCUCAGUGGCGCAUGGGCUUCGGGGAAGUCGCCCCUCGAGUUCUUCAAGGGCACUCAGGUCGGUGGAGGCAAAGGUGCCAGCGGCAAGGGCUCGGGUGUCGAAGGAGGCUCGAACACUACGGCGUCUGCUCCGUCUUCAAAGCUCUCUGUGGAGGAAUAUCUGCGGAUGGCCGCUUUGUGCGAGAAGGCAGGCGAUCUCCACGGCGCUCGAGGUUACAGGACAGCGGCUCAGGCGCUCCAGGCGCCAGAGCAGCACCAGGUCCCCUUGCAGGCGAAGCUCAACCGCGCACACCAGCAGGCUCGUGCAGUGGAGAAGAAACUCAACAGUGCCGUGGAACGUUUCGAGCAGCUUGAACAGCAGCUGGCAGCACAGAAGUCCCACGUGCUUCAGCUCAGGGCGGAUCUGGAAGCCGCAGAGGCCGAGCACAGCGGCCUGGUGCGCCAGCUGCACAACCAGCUCCCAAACGGUCAGUCGCAGUCUGCAGUCGCUCCAGGAAACAAGCUCAGCCUCGAAGACUUGCUGGGCGAGCAGCGCUUCUCGGCGGCCUUCGACCUCGACGUGGGAGAUUGCUUCAAGAUCGUUGAGGACGAGGAAUCACUCUCGCCUGAUGAACCUCAGCAAUUAUCGGCGCGAGUGGACCUUUUCAAGACUGGCGUCGCGGACAUGGCUAAGAAUUUGUUCGCAGAGGCGAAGGCCAAGGGCGACGAGCUCAAAGAGAGCAGGGUCAAGGUGUCGCUGGUGGUGACGCGGCUCCGCGCGCCCAAGGUGCUGGGGAGCAGUCCGAUGACGGUUCGGCUCCAACUGGCGCGGAGGCGGCGCAGUUUCAGAGGCUUUAUAUUCGUUGACGGGUGCUGCUUCAGGCGCCAAGUCGCUGAGCUCUCGAGGGCGGGGUAUGGUCUUGUUUUAGUCGACGACGCUGGCCACGAACGGUGCACGAUGUACGUCCCCGUGUAUGCGCCGUUCCUUCAGACUCCCCAAUGCGGAGAGUUCGCGGCCCUGGCCAGAGCGGGGAUCGAAGUCACGGGUCCGUCGUCUGUUUUUUGUGACUGCAAGAACGUGGUCGACCUUGCCCAUGCCCCGAGGGAGUUGCAGGUUUCUUACGAGAGGCCCUGCGCUGGCCUUAUGAUGCUUUCUAACAUCGGCGCCCCGCGGAUCAGUGCUGUUUCGAAGGUGAAGGCUCACCUCGACCCUCACGAGGAGGGAAUCGAGCCUGACGCGAGGUGGCGCCGUUUGGGCAACCACGCGGCGGACCCGGCGGCGAAAGCAGGGACCAACCUGCACCCUGCGGCCACGGGCGAGGAGCAGGAGGCUUUGACCUUCUGCAUUAGGGCCUAA